AUGAGUCGUCAAUCGACAUCUACAAGUCCACAUCUGUCGGCAGCAUACCCAAUACAAACUCUUGGAUCAAGCCCUUCCAAAUCGCAUACAUCGGGAUCGAAUUCAGACGUUGAUUCUGCCAUUGGAGAACGCCGACCCAACACGCGACAAUCGAAACCAAGAUCAAGGAAUGGAUGCUGGACAUGUCGACAAAGAAAAGUCAAGUGUGAUGAAGUCCGACCGAAGUGUGCUUCAUGCAAUAGGCUAGGAAAAGAUUGUGAAUGGGGUCAAAGAUGGAAGUUCGACGAUUUGAGCAUACGCACACGGCGGAGGCACAAGCAUGUCUCUGUGACAGGGAGUCCAUCUUGGGAUGAACAUAACCAACAACGCUUGAUGGCUCGACAGCUCUAUACCAGACAUCAACCAACAUUGCCGCCGUUUACUGAGCUCAGUAACGAAGACGAAAGAGAAAGAAAGGCACUUACACAACCACCCGGUACUUUCAAUGUCGUUUUGACACCGGACAGCUUUUGUCAGCUGCCAGAAUAUGGUGGCUUGAUCAGACGAUAUAGAAGUGGGAGUGGAUCUUCAAGAUAUGGCUUCUCGGAAGAUCCUAAUCUGAUAGUCCUCUCCGAGUUCGAGGAUACACCCUACUUCAUGGCACUUCCGGAACGCAAACCUUCCAUCAUCAGUAUGAACGACCAGGGAUUCGAUACACCUUCCAUGACCCGAGAUUUUACAAACUAUGGCUCUACAGAUGUUGAUGAGGUCAUGAUGCAUUACAAGAAUUUCAUUUCGAAAAGAAUGAUGCCUCUUGGGUCAAGGUUCAAGUUGAGUGAUUGUGGGCAUGAGGAUGUCAUUGUUCAAGAGUCACGAUCAUUUCCACCUUUGUAUCAUGCAAUAUGUGCCAUUACAUUGCUGAGUCUGGCGCUCAAAGGUCAACGGCAUCUCUUAGCUGGAGCUUUUCAGCAUUAUCAUCAAGCCAUCUCUGCAUGCAUGUCAAGCACCUACAUGUCACCGGGGUCUCUGAUCUAUCUUCACUUCAUCCUUCUAUUAUAUGACAUCUGUUGCGCAACCCAAAACUGUUCACCAGAUGGUGUCAUGUGGUCCCAACAUUUUCAACAACUCGCUCGUCUGGCAUACUCUCGAGACAAUACAGAAGUCACAGAAUUACAAGCGUACAUUCUGUGGUAUACCCUCUUCUUAGAUGCACAAUCAUGUCUCGCUGGAAACCCAGAAUCUGGGUCUUUCGUCAGAGCUUAUUUGAUGCACGGUUCAGACCUACCAACUUGGAGGAAGCCGGAAGAAUUAACACUGCAACCAAAUCUGGAGAUUUCCGGUUUAGCAGCUGUCUCUGAUCUUGGCAAAUACAUGUGUACGAGAUUUGCCGAGAUCAGUCAAUUGGCAUUGGAGAUACGAGAAGACGUUAGUUCUGGCCGUGGUAGCAUUGCAGAACAUCAAGAACGUGUAAUGAGAUUCAGAAAUGAACUUCACUCAUCUUGGAAUGCGAGAUAUCCUGCUUUCCUACCUCGCGACUCACCAGAAGCUGGAACAAGACUGCCUGCUCUUGCUAGGACAGUUUUUGACUUUGCAUCUCUCCAAUACUCUACCGCAAUGGUAUACUUACAUACGAGCAUGUAUCGUGGUCAACGCGUUUACAACUCACCUGCUCAACGCAAAGAAGUCGCAACUCACUGUCGCCAUAUCCUUGCAAUGGCAUCUCUGGUCAUUGCCGAGAAGAGUACCGAACAACAUCAUAUCAUCUUCUCCGUCUUCUUGGCAGGUGUGAACACAUGCAACGAUCAUGACAAGAAUCGUGCUAUCGGUAUCAUCCGAGCCAUGGAAGGUACCGGCAUCAGCUGCAAUGUUACCAAAUCUCGCGAGCUGCUCGAGACAUUAUGUGCUGAGCAGCGUGAGAGGGUCCGAUUCGGUGGCAAUGCUACUGAGAUUGACUGGGUCUCUUAUGCUAGAGAACAUGGCAUCAGACUUGUCAAUCUCGGUCUCUGA